AUGCCCUCAAAGCAAAAAGUCCGCGUGAAGCAGAAAAAGCCAGCAGCAGCAGCAUCCGCACUGCCAACGACAGAAGCAGGCUUUUUCGUCGAUACUCACGGCGCUUCGGACGGGGACGACUUCGCUGACAAUGCCAUUAGCGAAAGUGAACAAAUACCCAAGGAUGCAACGGAAGAGAGGCUUGAGCGGUUACUCUUUGGCGAUGCGGCGGGGUUCCAUGAUGCGCUAAGGGAUCGGGAUGCUGGGGCCAUGGAGAUUGCGUUGAGGGACGGUGCGAGUGGGGGUGGAGAUGGAGGCGUAGAGGAAGAGGAAGCGCAAGAGGAGGGCGGCUUGGAACAUGUUGAUGAUGCGGAUCUCUUCUUUCUAGACUCCGGUACGGCGGGUGUGGACGAUAUCGAGCUGCCAAUCGCGCAGAAUGCGUCGAAUGGUCAGCGCGAGAACGAACCGCCUGCGGCGUGGGAAGACAGCGAUGAUGAACGCAUCACUGUCUCCCUGGCGAAAAAUAAUCGGCUGCGAAAGCUACGAGUCACGGCAGAGGACGAUGUCGUCACGGGCUCGGAGUAUAUACGGAGACUGCGCAAGCAGUAUGAGCGGCUACAUCCUGCUCCAGAUUGGGCGAACAUGUCCGCUAGAGCAGGUGGGCGAAGUGCCAAGAGAAGGAAGGCAGGCGCUGCACAGUCGGAUGAUGAGAGCGUUUUUGGCUCUGAUCAUAUGGAUACUGGCACUGAUGGAGAGCACGAAAUGGCCCUACAGCCGCUGGCGCGGCUGUUGCAAAAUGCUGGAAAUCUUACAAGGGGCGAGGAUAACGUCAAGAGCGGUGGGAAGCGGAAGCUCCGCCAGGAGGUACUGGAUAUUCAACGGAUGAAAGAUGUUGGGCACGGUCAACCUUCCGCCAUCGAGUCUCUCACGUUCCACCCGCACUACCCCCUGCUCCUCUCCUCCGGGCCAGCCUCAACUCUCUUCCUCCACCACAUCUCCCCCAAAUCCGUCUCUCCCAACCCCCUCCUCACCUCCCUCCACGUCCGCCGCACCCCGAUACACACUAGCGCGUUCUCCCCCUCAACAGGAAAUCAAAUAUACUUCUCCGGCCGCCGCCGCUACUUCCACAUCUGGGACCUGGACACGGGCAAGGUUGAGAAAGUCAAUGGGCCUGCCGACCGCAGGGAAGAGCAGAAGUCUAUGGAACGCUUCAAACUAUCUCCCUGCGGCCGGUGGAUGGGUGUCGUCGGCAGCGCGCGCAAGGGGGGCGGCAUUGUAACGAUCCUCAGCACCACCACUCUCCAGUGGGUUGCACAGGUGCGCGUUGACAGCCACAAUGGCGUUGCUGAUUUCGCGUGGUGGAGUGACGGGGAGGGAAUGUGUGUUGUUGGCAAGAAUGGGGAGGUUAGCGAGUGGGAUGGGCGGCAGAAACGUAUUGUUGCGCGCUGGGUUGAUGAGGGCGCUGUGGGCGCGACAGUGAUUAGUCUUGGUGGGAAAUCUGGAAAAGGGCUGAUCGGCGGGGAUAGGUGGGUGGCGGUGGGGAGUUCGAGUGGGAUCGUGAAUGUGUAUGACCGGAGGCCGUGGGCUGUGGCUGCUGCCGAGAUCGAAAGGAAGAGCAAGGGGAAGAAGGUCGAUGGAGAGAUGGAUUCCGGUAAUCAUCGUGGCGGCGGUGGUGAUGGUGAUGAACAGUGCGGAAUCCCACGCAAUCCAAAACCGACACGCAUGCUUGAUCAGCUGACGACGCCCACGAGUCAUCUUGUCUUCUCGGCAGAUGGGCAGUUGCUCGUCAUGGCCAGUCGGUGGAAGAAGGACGCGUUGAGAUUGAUAUACAAGAAUUGGCCUACGUCCAACACUCCGUUUGGGCGCAUUUCGGCCGUUGCCAUUGCGCCGACGUCGGAUAAGUUGGCUGUCGCGAAUGAGCAAGGGAAAAUACGGUUGUGGGAAAUUCAUGGCUAG